GCGCAUAAGUUGCACAAGUAGAUUGUGUUGGAUAAUAUAUAGUACAACGCAGUCAGUAUUCAGUUUCUGUCUAAAUCUAACAUAAGACCAACACUAAAAAAAACUUCUUCUUGUCAUUUAUCAUUGCACCGAUGGAUUUAGUAAGGGGAACAAAUUACUUUUUCUCAUGUCUUUUUUAUAUUACCUAACAACACAUGAGCAUAGUCUGACACUACAACUAGUGAGAAGUGGGAUGAAAAGAGGUGGAUUUCCGCUUGUAGGUCCUCCUGUCCUACUCGCCUGCAAUUAGCAUAAUUUUUCAGUGGUGACGCUGUUUGAUGGGGAUUAACGCUCGCGCCUGGCACAUUCAAAGCCACCCCCGUUAUUUUCAAACAGCCGUAGAGGCCUGUGAUGACAAUACAAUAACCCACCAAAUGGGGAGUAAAGGGCGAAAAUAACACUUACAAAUGCCAGCACCCGAAAGUCAAAGGGAAAAUGUGGCGACGGGGAGUCGAGAGCCCCUUUCGGAUUAUGAUGUUCGGGAUUGCACGGUGACUGAGAGGAGAGAGGGUAAAGGAAGCGAAAUCUGAGGCCAUUGUUAUCAGCGAGCAGGGCGUACCAGUCGACAGGGCGGCCAGGAGCAGCGCUGCCUGUCCAUUUGCCGUUUUCCUCGCAUACCUCAGAUCUUUCAUGCUUAAACCGUCUUCCCCCUUAAACCAGCGAAGGGAUUAAACCAGGAGCGCCCGCACUGUGGCGCGGGCCAGCCGUGCUCGCCAUACCCGCCGUAUGACACUCGCUCAGUGGCUGAAAUAUCUAAACGAGGACGAGCUUUCGGCAUUUUUUUCUUUGAUUGCAGACUGACCGAAUGUGAAAAAACAUGGUGCCUGCUCGAACGUCGCUCGUCAGAGGCUAAGGUCAGCUUCCAAGAGGCCGUUGGAAAAAGACCGUCACGUGACAUCGGGUGCCAAUGUUCUUCCAGAAGGUCGUCAGGACCCUGGUAGCCGGUAACGCGAAUUUUGGAAAUGCAGAAAACCACCUACUACGACAACUCGACACUAUUCGGAGGUUAUUCGUAUCAGGGGGCAAAUGGCUUCAGUUAUGAGGCCCAGCCAGCGGCUUUCCCGAGCUCGGCACACCUCGAUGGCGAUUACCAGAGGUCUGCCUGCUCACUGCAGUCGCUAGGCACUAGCGCGCCCACACAGUCACAGCACGCCAAGACGAAAGAGCUCAAUGGCAGCUGUAUGCGUCCCAGUCUACCAUCUGAACACCACCAACCUCCCCAGGUUUCUCCUCCUCAAAAUCCUGUGAACCCAACUGGAUCUAGUGCACCCCAGCAGCCGGGUGGUAGCGGCAGUGGUGGGACUGGCGGCGGAGGUACCACCAAAUCAUCCACCAAGUCAUCCACACUAGCCCAGAACCCAACCAUCACCAAGCAGAUAUUCCCCUGGAUGAAAGAGUCACGUCAGAACACCAAGCAAAAAAACAGCUCCCCCAGUGCAAGCUCAGCUAAUGCGGAGAGCAGUGGCGGCGAGAAAAGCCCUCCGGGUUCCGCGGCUUCUAAGAGAGCGCGCACAGCCUACACGAGCGCACAGCUUGUGGAACUUGAGAAGGAGUUCCAUUUCAAUCGGUACCUUUGUCGGCCUCGACGCGUAGAGAUGGCAAAUCUUCUCAACCUUAGCGAAAGGCAGAUCAAGAUCUGGUUUCAAAACCGACGCAUGAAGUACAAGAAGGAUCAAAAGUCGAAAGGCAUGGGCUCUUCUUCAGGGGGGCCAUCCCCAACCGGAAGUCCACCUCUGCCAAUGCAGUCCUCAGCCGGUUUUAUGAACUCCAUGCACUCAAUGGGCAGCUAUGACGCGCCGUCGCCGCCAUCUUUCAACAAGUCUCAUCAAAACGCAUAUGCCAUGACAUCAUCCUAUCAAAAUUCAAUGAAAGGUUGUCCCUCGCAACAGAAGUAUGGCAACACAGGACCAGAUUAUGACCCACAUGGGUUACAAGGUAACAGUGGUAACUAUGGGACCCCUAACAUGCAGGGUAGCCCCGUGUACGUAGGAGGGAACUAUGUGGAUGCCAUGCCGGCCACUGGGCCCUCUAUGUACAGCCUCAAUCACCUGCCACACCACCAGUCUGCCAGCAUGGACUACAACGGUGCCACACAGAUGUCGGCUAACCAGCACCACGGACCGUGCGAUACACACCCGACAUAUACAGAUCUGUCAGCGCACCAUCCUUCUCAGGGUAGAAUUCAAGAAGCACCCAAGUUGACGCAUCUGUAACAGGUUUGGGGGGAAAACAAAAAACAAAACAAUUUACAAUGAAGAAGAAAACAAACAAACGAGUAAACGCGAACCCAGGGGACGAUGCAAUGGGGUUGAAAAAGAUGAUCCAGUGGUUUCUUGCCGUUUCAAUCACAGCAGUUGGUGUUGAUGUCCUUCCGUUCACCUGUGAGCACAUUGAUUUGUUCAGAAGACAUCUUACAAUCAGUUAUGUAUGCGUAGCUCUGAAAGCCCUACUUUAACAAAUUAUGAGUAGUGGGUAAGUGUGGAUAGUGUAUGCGAUUUAAUAGAUUAUUUUUCUGUAUGACCAUGUGUGACUCCCUUUUACACCAUCGUUGGCAUGUGUGUAUUUUGUCAGUCUAUUGCCGAGUUCUUCACUGUAAAAAAUGCUUGAGGGUGGAGCAUAGCAAACUCUUGAAACCGGCGUUAGGAAACCACUGGAUUGUUUUUGUUCACUUCCCUUUUAUCCACAUACCUCUUUGCGUUUAACAGAUUCGCUAAACUGUCAUUUUUUUCUAAUUCAACUUCCUAAAACCAUUAGCCUAAAAUGCGUGUACGUAAUAAAUUUACGUAUAACAACACUUCAUUGUACACUUUUUUGGACUGAUAAGUUAAAUGCUGUUUUCGCACUAUGCUGCAUAGAGCAUCCUGCCGUAAACCGACUAUAAUUGGGCAAUACUUACCAAAUUGAUACAGGGUAAAGAUAGGCCAUUUGAGAAUUUAGUCAAUACAUAGUCGUCUCUACCUUUCUCAAAUGGCUGUGCCCCUCCCUCCUUCUCGUCAAUUCCUUGCUCUCUCUCUCUCUCUCUCUCUCUCUCUCUCUCUCUCUCUCUCUCUCUCUCUCUCUCUCUCUCUCUCUCCACUGAGUUUGCUUACAUUAGCUUCACUAAUGAGAAAGGCAGACAUUUUCUCAUGUCUUGACUUUACGUGGAAACAGGGUAUAAAUGAACAAAAUGCAUGUCCGAGAUCCCAAGCAAUGGUGUAGACGUUUCGGUUUACGCCUAAUGCUUCCUCGGCUGGACAUCAUUGUUGCACUUAGAGUUUACAUUUUGAUGGAUAAGGAAAAAGUAAAUCUUAUUUUGAAGCGAAAGACCUUCAAUCAGCGUCUUUCGGUAUGUGUUCAAACGAACAUUCAUAAAUAUAUAUUUAUUUGUUAUAGCCAGUUUAAAUACUUUCUUUUUUUUUAAUUAUUUAUCCCUCAUGUAUUUAUAUCGAGAAAGUGUACUUUUUUAGUAUUUACCUGUUAUAAGAAAAAGACAUUGUGUUCUUGUCAUUGUAACUAAUUUUGGUUAUUGUAUUUUUAGAGACACCUAGGUUUACGUUACCCUUGUACAAAAACGACUUGACGUGUGCAGGGUGCGAGGCAAGGGAAUCAAACCGUUCCAGCAUAGUCGAAAAUUAGACAGUAUAGCGAAACUUUUUUUUUCCUUUUUUUAAGAAGAAACCUUCAUUUGUUCUUUGUAGUUACAUUGAUUUUCUUGUUAAGAGUUGGCUGUUGAACAAUUCUUUAAUAAAAUAUUAUGUUAAUCAUU